AUGCCUCCCAAGUUCGAUCCCAAUGAGGUGAAGAUCAUUCACCUGCGUGUGACUGGUGGUGAGGUCGGUGCCCAGUCCGCUCUGGCUCCCAAGAUCGGUCCCCUUGGUCUGUCCCCCAAGAAGAUCGGUGAAGACAUUGCCAAGAACACUGGUGACUGGAAGGGUCUCCGUGUGACUGUCCGCCUCACCAUCCAGAACCGUCAGGCUGCUGUCUCCGUUGUUCCAUCCGCCUCUUCCCUGGUCAUCCAGGCCCUUAAGGAGCCUCCCCGUGACCGCAAGAAGGAGAAGAACAUCAAGCACUCCAAGUCCAUUCCUAUUGAGGACAUCAUCACCAUCGCUCGCACCAUGCGCUCCCGCUCCAUGGCCAAGUCCCUCCAGGGCACCGUUCUCGAGAUCCUCGGAACCGCCUUCUCUGUCGGUUGCCAGGUCGAUGGCCGUAGCCCCAAGGACGUCAGCGAUGAUGUCAAGGCUGGCGAGAUUGACAUUCCCGAGGAAUAG